AUGCCCAAGGGCGGAAAGCCCCGCCAUGGCGAGAAAUUGAUUCCUUAUCUCUUUGCGGUUCUCACAGAGGUUUGGGUUGAGCUGAAGACGGAUGAUGGCCGCAUCUAUUUUUGGAACCGGCAUGACAACUCAAGAGCUUGGAGCCUGCCUGAGGGCGAGGAAGUGAAGUGGAUCGGCGAGAAGUCGCCAGAUGGGCGCACUUACUACUGGAGCCGCAAGAGCAAAGAAACCGUUUGGGUCUUGCCACCUUUGGAAGAGCCCAAGGAGACAAAAGAAGAACCUCCCAAAGGAGCCUUGGCUUCGCUUCUGCGCGGCGAAAAGCCUGGCAAGGACAGUGGGACGAAAGUGUUGCUGGAGCCAGCCAGUGUUUGUUUGUUUCUCCAAUGA